CCUGUAUUAAUCAUAGGGUUGUUAUCUAUGUGAAAUUCUAGCAUUGGAAGAGAACAAAGGAAGCACAAAGCAUACAGAUUUGAAACCGUGACAUGGACUCAGACUCAGAUGCUCUCAGUAUCCCUGCCUCCUGGGUCCAUAUGGAGUCCUCUACAGCCUUUUAUGAUUAUCAUGAUAAAUUAAGUCUUCUAUGUGAGAGCAAUGCCAUCUUCUUUUCCACCAUCUCCACCGUUAUCCUGUACUCUCUGGUAUUUCUCCUCAGCCUGGUGGGUAACAGCCUGGUUUUGUGGGUCUUGGUGAAGUAUGAGAAUCUAGAGUCACUCACCAAUAUCUUCAUCCUCAACCUGUGUCUCUCAGACCUGAUGUUCUCCUGCCUACUGCCUGUGUUGAUCUCAGCACAAUGGGAUUGGUUUCUAGGUGACUUCUUCUGCAAGUUCUUCAACAUGAUCUUCUGCAUCAGUCUCUACAGCAGCAUCUUCUUCCUUACCAUCAUGACCAUCCACCGAUACCUGUCUGUAGUAAGCCCCAUCUCUACUCUGGGUAUUCAUACCCUUCGUUGCCGUGUGCUGGUGACCACAUCUGUGUGGGCAGCCAGCAUCCUGUCCUCCAUCCCUGAUGCUGUCUUCCACAAAGUGAUUUCCUUACAUUGUGAUUAUUCUGAAUUUCAUGGGUUCUUGGCCUCAGUCUACCAGCACAACAUCUUCUUCCUCCUCUCCAUGGGAAUCAUCCUGUUCUGUUAUAUACAGAUUCUCAGGACUUUGUUUCGCUCAAGGUCCAGACAGAGACACCGAACAGUCAGGCUCAUCUUCACCGUCGUGGUAGCAUACUUCCUCAGCUGGGCUCCCUACAACCUCAUUCUCUUCCUGAAAACUGGAAUCAUCCAGCAGAGCUGUGAGAGCCGUCAGCAGCUAGACAUUGCUAUGAUCAUCAGUCGCAAUUUGGCCUUCUCCCACUGCUGCUUCAACCCAGUGCUUUAUGUCUUUGUUGGGGUCAAGUUCCGCAGACACCUAAAACGUCUCCUCCAGCAGGUCUGGCUGUGCCGGAAGACAUCCAGCACUGUUCCAUUCUCCUGCUCCCCUGGUACCUUUACAUAUGAGGGCCCCUCCUUCUACUGAGAGGAGAGGAUGGGCACAUGGAGAUGACCAGGGGUACUGAAGGAAGACAAGGAAAAGUAAAUCAGGAAGGAAAUUAUAACAGUGAAGAUACUGCAGAGGUGUGGAGGAAAGAUGUGAUGCCUAUGGGAAAGUGGCUUCCAGCUGGGCAACACUUCCUGCAAUCACUUCAUCAUUAAUUCUCUUAUUUAGACAUAGAUUGCUUAUCAGUGAUUGGUCAGAAGAUCCUAAAUGGAAGGAUUUCUGGACUUUGGGAAAGCUUGAAGUUAAUAGUAUCAUGCUAACUAUGCAGUGACGUUGCUGGCACAUAGGGUUGUCCCAACCUAUUUUUUUUUUCACCUUGGUGAUGGCUGACUCCGUGAUUCUUAGCAGCUGCUGAAGAAAACUGUCCCCAGGACAAGAAUAAUCACAUCUUCAAAUAAGUACAGUCACAAUGAAGUCUAGACCAUAAACUCCCACUAAAAUGAAGAUAGUUCUGUAUUCUGGCAACAGCUGCUAACACAUGAACUGGCUUUUAAAUAUUUAGCUCAUAACAAUAUGUGCUACUGUCUGCACUAAUUUGGACAAAGCAAAGAUGAAUAGGAUAUUGCUGCCAACUUCCAGUUAACACCAGCCCCUUCAAGAAAGUCCAAAUAAGAAAAGUCCACUUAACAGAGGCAUUCAGGUUGAAUAUUCCUCUGUCAUUUCAUCUCUUCCAUAUUGAGAGAAAGAUGACUUCCUUGCAUCUGGAUAAUAGUACCAGUGUACCCCUUUUAACCAUUCUCCAGAACUAAAUUCUCCUCAAGUACCACAUUCCCUUCCCCUAAGCUCCCAGAGUCAGGUCCUGUGGAUUCUGCCUUUCCAACACCUCUCCAGCUUAUUCUCAUGAUCACAUACCCUUGACCUCAUCUCUAUAAUGCCCUCUGUUCCAUAGUGUCUUUCUUUUGCUUCUUUUUUUCCCUCUGUUCCAUCUUCCAUCUUCCUUAUUCAGGAAGCUGCCUGCCUGGGAUUUAUCUUUUAUUUUACAGCUCCUCUGCCUGGGAUUUGUCUUUGAAGCUUUAAUAAAAUUGUCCUCAAACUUUC